GAUUGAUUCUCACACUCACACCAUCUUCUUCUAUCUACUACAACUAAGACACAGAAAAAGAGAGCCAAAAUGUUUGGAAUUGGAAAGAAUAUCAUAGAGGGAGCUCUGAAUACCACCGGAGAUCUUGCCGGCGCCGUUAUCGGUGCCGGUGGUAACAUUGCAGACCGGGUCACCAGCCUUGGUGGCAAGAAGAUCAAAGGGAAAGUCAUUCUUAUGCGAAGCAAUGUGUUGGAUUUCACUGAGUUCCAUUCCUCUGUUCUUGAUAGCUUCACUGAGCUGUUGGGCGGCGGCGUUUCUCUUCAGCUCAUCAGCGCCACUCAUGCUUCAAAUGACUCGCGAGGGAAGCUUGGGAGCAAGGCGUUUCUAGAGAGGUGGAUCACUUCACUCCCACCAUUGUUCGCCGGAGAAUCAGUGUUUCAAGUCAACUUUACAUGGGAAGAUGACUUCGGAUUCCCCGGAGCUUUCUUCAUCAAAAAUGGUCACACAAGUGAGUUCUUCCUCAAGUCCCUCACUCUCGAGGAUGUUCCCGGCUUUGGAACCGUCCAUUUCGAUUGCAACUCCUGGGUUUACCCUUCUGGAAGAUACAAGAAAGAUCGUAUUUUCUUCGCCAACAAGGUAAAGACAAGGCGCCCAUGUUCGGGUGAUGACGACAUCGGGAGCAGAGACUAUGGCACGAGCAUAGGGUAA